GAGAAAGAGGAGAAGGCUGGGCGAAGCUCAACUCAGCCCGGGGGCCCUCCUUUGAAACAGACUAAUUGGGGAGGGAAGACACAAAGGGAAGCGAAAGGCGCUUGGAGAGACGCGCGGCGAGGAAGAGUUCCCGCUGGGUGAGUGGAGUUUUGCCUCCCUCAGCUCUCCGAGGCUGAUCCCAAAAAGUUUUGCCAGAACUAGGGUCUCCGAAGCAAGUGACAGAUACCAGCUCGUCCUGGGGAGGAGACAAAAGCGCUUGGGUAUCCGUAAGAGCUGACGGGGAGCAAACCACCAUGCGCUUUGCCGACGCGUCUUUGGCCCGUUGCCUGCUGCUGCCGUUGCUCUUGGGAUCCUGCUGGGCCCAAUUCCACGGAGAGAAGGGCAUUUCUGUCCCCGACCAUGGCUUCUGCCAGCCUAUUUCCAUUCCGUUGUGCACUGACAUUGCAUACAACCAGACGAUCAUGCCCAAUUUGCUGGGACAUACCAGCCAAGAGGACGCUGGCUUGGAGGUCCAUCAGUUCUACCCUCUGGUGAAGGUCCAAUGCUCCCCGGAGCUCAAAUUCUUCCUCUGCUCUAUGUAUGCCCCUGUGUGCACUGUCUUGGAGCAAGCCAUUCCACCUUGCCGAUCCAUUUGUGAGAGGGCACGCCAAGGCUGCGAGGCCCUCAUGAACAAAUUUGGCUUCCAGUGGCCAGAACGACUGCGCUGUGAGAACUUCCCCCGCCAUGGGGCAGAGCAGAUCUGUGUAGGACAGAACCAUUCAGAGGAAGGUGGCUCUCCAGCAUUGAUUACAAGUGCCACUCCAAUUGCUGGACAAGGUACUGCUGGGCCACCACGUUAUGCCACUCUGGACCACCCUUUCCACUGCCCACGAGUCCUUAAAGUGCCCAGCUACCUCAACUACAAGUUUCUUGGGGAGAAAGACUGUGCAGCACCAUGUGAACCCACCAAGAAUGAUGGUCACAUGUUCUUCAAUCAAGAGGAGAUUCACUUUGCACGUAUCUGGAUUCUCAUCUGGUCUGUUCUGUGCUGUGCCUCUACUUUCUUUACUGUCACUACCUAUCUGGUGGACAUGCAGCGCUUUCGCUAUCCAGAACGACCCAUCAUCUUUCUCUCUGGCUGUUACACCAUGGUCUCUGUAGCCUAUAUUGCAGGAUUUGUAUUGGAGGAACGGGUGGUGUGCAAUGAACGUUUCCAAGAUGAUGGUUAUCGGACAGUGGUGCAGGGUACCAAAAAGGAAGGCUGCACCAUACUUUUCAUGAUGCUGUACUUCUUCAGCAUGGCCAGCUCCAUCUGGUGGGUCAUCUUGUCCCUCACUUGGUUUCUUGCAGCUGGCAUGAAGUGGGGUCAUGAAGCCAUUGAAGCCAACUCGCAAUACUUUCACUUGGCAGCCUGGGCUGUGCCUGCUGUCAAAACGAUCACCAUCCUGGCCAUGGGGCAGAUUGAUGGUGAUCUCCUCAGUGGUGUCUGUUUUGUGGGGCUUAACAACAUAGACCCACUUCGGGGCUUUGUUUUAGCUCCCCUCUUUGUCUACCUCUUCAUAGGCACCUCAUUUCUUUUGGCAGGCUUUGUGUCACUUUUCCGUAUCCGUACCAUCAUGAAACAUGGGGGCACCAAAACAGAGAAGCUGGAGCGUCUCAUGGUGCGCAUUGGGGUUUUCAGUGUCCUCUAUACGGUGCCAGCCACCAUUGUUAUUGCUUGUUACUUUUAUGAACAAGCCUUCCGUGAGCACUGGGAGCGGAGCUGGAUUAGCCAAAACUGUAAGAGUUUGGCCAUUCCAUGUCCACUUCAAUACACCCCACGCAUGACCCCUGACUUCACUGUCUACAUGAUCAAGUAUCUCAUGACGCUGAUUGUGGGCAUCACUUCAGGUUUCUGGAUCUGGUCUGGGAAAACCCUUCAUUCCUGGAGGAAGUUUUAUACCAGGCUAACUAACAGCAAACAUGGGGAGACUACAGUUUGAGAAGAGAAAUGGAGGAAGAAGAUUGCCAGCUCCAGAAUUUCAAGAAAACACCAGAUCUGCCUGCAUCUCCCUCCUUGAGCUGAUUCUGUUUGUAUGUAUGGGGAGAUGUUCUUUGGAAAACCUCCCUGCAAUUUGGGAAAUGGGGCUUCUUUACUACAUAAAGCUGAAAACUCCUCUGACAAUCGGAGAGGCAAAAAAGAAAAACAAAGGAGAAAAACUCCCCAAGUAUUUAAAACUCUCUCAUUUUAAUUAAAACAAGUUCUAAACUUCUUUGCUUUAGGUUUUUAAUUAACUAUUAAAGGGUGUCUUUUUGUAAUUAAAAUUGUAAAUAGCAUUUGUAAAUUUAAUUAUAUAUUUCUAUUUAAAAACAAGUAAGAGAACAGCAGCAAGGACGUUAUUUUUCAGAAAAAGUAUGGAGGGAUCAAAGAAAGAAAAACUAUUUUUUUCAUCCUCUUUUCUUUGAAUUCUAUUUUUUACCCUUUUUCCUUUUCUUUCUCUCUGGAGUGUGCUGUUUGGGUUGGCCCUUAAUAGGCUAUUUUUGCCUAAGUUUUUCACCAGAGCCAGGUUUUGUAUCACUCCCAGCACCCAACCCACCUUAAACAUCUUCCAUCAACUAACUCCCUUUUGCAAGCUACAGUUUUUGAUAGAUUUCCAGGAACACUUCUUUCCAUCUCUUUUUUUCUUUUCCAGGUUGAAAGUUUGGCAAGCAAUCUUCUGUCUGUGAAAAAUAUAUUUGGGGUGGGUUGGGGGAAGAUGGCUGAGCCUUCUCGCCUUUGCUGAAAUUUGGGCCUUGGCUGUGCAGAUUUUCUUAUGUUUAUUUCUUUUAGAGAAUUAUGACCUCCAAGAAAGUUUUUCUUGCCUUAAGCCUCAGAAUUCUCUUUGUUACAUUUGUAUGUUUCUAUUUUUUCCUAGAUGUUUUGUACAAAAGGUAGCUUUUUAAAAAUGACAUUUCCUUUAUUAAACAAACUUGUUCUUUGCAAAUUCAGUUUGAGUAUUUUUCAAAAGCAGCAGCGGCCGUCUCCAAAGCAAUUUAUUUGUGAGCUAUCCACUUAGCUUUUAGAAAGUAACUAAAAACUACAAUUGAUAUUUCACAGCGCAAUAUCCAUUUGCUUGAAGAGAAGGAUCUUAAAAAAACUUUUUUUAAAAAAGGGACAUGCUUGGUGGCAUUUUAGAAAGUUUAAGGGGAAUUUAUUUCAAUUGAAAAGUACUGUGUUUGAGAAGCAUAAGAAGCUUAUUUUACCAGUUUUUCCCAGUAUAGGAGAAAAAAUUCUACAUUUCUGUCUUCUACUAUUUUCUUCUUUUGAAGAUGCAUACUUUUCCCAACUUCUAUUACAGUUCUUAAGAACUUUCAUAUAUGUUUGGGUAACUUCUAUAAAUGCCUCUUACAGGAAAAUAACAAUUUAUUAUUCAAUAAAACAACUGUAGCAAAAAAGCAAUAUAUUCAAUGAAAAAGCAUUAAAUCUAAACUAUUUUUUUUCUAAAUCAACUGUCUCUGAUUUGGAAUUGAUUUCUGAUAACACUAAGGAACAAUCUCAGUCUAAGGUUUCCAUGAAAAUCACUGCAGAUAGAUUAACUUCUUAUCAUGUUUUAUGAAAAAAGCAUUAGAAAAAACUUGGUGAAAUUCUUUAUUGAGUUCUUGCAUAUGAUGACUGCACACGUAUGCAUUUUGCAUUAGUUAUGCAAACUGUGAAAAGAUAUGGCUGCUGUAAUUCUCUUUUUACUCCCAAUAUAUUGAGAAUUUUGGCAAGCCUGUAUCAUUUCAUUAAAAUCUUAACAAUCGGAUCCUGAGCAUUUUUUAUCAGAAUUAAGAAUUGCUCUCAAAAUUAUUAUAGUAGAAGAAAUGUUUUUUAAAAUUUAGUAUUUCCAUUUGAAAAAAUGAUUGAUCAGUAUUCUAAAUAAUAUAUUUCUAACAGUUCACUUCUUUAAUUUUUCAGAAUAUUUGAAUUGGGGUGGAAUUGGAAUCCGCUGGAACUAUUUAUAAAGAAACACAAAAUGCUAUUUUUGAGUUAAAGUUUCUAAAAGGCUUUACUGAAGCCGCUCUAGUGCUACCUAGAAGUUAGCUAGUAAAUUCCAUCCAUUUCUCUAGCAUGAUAACCACUCUUUGCAAUGAGUCUAAAGAUGAAAUAGGAUGCUAAAGAAUAUAUGGAAGAAGUUUUUUUAAAAAAGGAAACCUAUUGUUGUACAAAUCUUUUUGAAAAGCUCCCAUUAAAUUUCAAAAAUUUCCCCCUGUGGCAGACUCUGAUGGCCUCUCCUGCCUCCUGCCCUUGGCAAAUUGUCAUUCUUAAGACUGCUUUUGUGUUGCUAAUGGUGUUGGUUGCUUUCUUGUGUCAUUUGGUGUGAAGUUUUAAAACUUUGAAAAGAAAUAAAUAAUUUCCUCCUCCUUUUCCAUCAAAAAGGAAACAAUUUGGAUGGGUGAGGAAACAAUAAUGCAAAAUGGGAUUUUUAAUACUAGGGGUAAGCUGAGGGAGGAAGUAAGAAAGGAAGUAAGUAAGUAAUCUUGCAUUUUAAAAAGUGAUGGAAAUGGAAACCUCUAUUUUUCUUCUUAACACUGCUUGCAUGUUGCGUGUGCGCGCGCGCACACACACACACACAGAGUCUUUCUCUUCAUCAGAGAAAAGAGUGUGGUUUAAAGCCCCAAAUCAAAGGGUGACUAAAGUGAACCAGAUGGACCCUGGAAUGCAAUAAACAUGUGUCCACCUAGGACAAAAUAAAUAAAUAAAGCACAUUCUAUCUGGUUUUAUUUCUAAAAAAAAAAAACCAGUUAUUGUGUAACACAACACUGCAUAUGGUUUGUACUUGAGUGUUGCCUACUAUGCAAUGAAGCAUGUCAAUAUCUCUGUUAUUUCCAGUUACAGUGUUUUGCCUUCUACCAUAAUACUGGGUUUUCCCAAAAGCAUCUGGUGACAAGAGGUUGUAAAUUAGAGGUGUUUUUCCGCAGAUUCCAGUAGAGCUCCUGAAUUCAAGAACAACAUUUUGUCCAAAGCUUUCAACUACAAAUGUGUCUUCCCCUCCCCCCACUUUUUUUCUUUUGUGGGUAUGAGACAGGGGCAUUUUUCUCCCCCCAUUAACUUAUCAAGAUCCAGAUUUUGGGUUUUCUAGCUCAUAUUAAAAUUCAUAUUAAAACUCAAUUUAGAUGGCAUCAGUUGCUGUGCAAAAGGAUAAAGCUCUAAGUUCUGUUAUCAUGCUUUUUUCCAUUUUUUAAAAUAGCCGAUUAUAUCUACAUGGUUCUCUCUUCCCCCCCACCCCACCCCCCACAGCAUUUCCUAUAAACCUGUCUUAUGAACCCUGUAAAUACAUCAACAGAUGGAUCUCAUUAGUCCCCUUUUUGGCAAAGGUCUUUCAGCUGCUUGCCCCACACAAGCAGGGACUACACCCAAACUUUUAGUAACCCCCCUCCCCCUUUCUGUGUCCUCUGGACAGAACAUUGCAACGUGGACCUAGGAGAGUUGAGCUCCCUCUGCCAAGGAAUGUUGGGGCCAUGGGUUUAUCUCCCCCCCCCUUUUGUUCUUAAUUUAAUCCUUCUGGUUUUAGAAGCCUAUGGAAAAGAAAGACCAUCUCAUGUCAGAAUGGCUUAUGUCUUUUCCACAUAUGUGUGCAUUUUAACAAAUAUCUAAAAUUCAUUUAUUUCUCUCUCCCGCCCCUCCCUUCCAGCUCCUUCAUGUUUACCCUCUUUCCAGGUCAGUUUGACUUUUUCAACCCUACCCUCUUUUGGCUCCCUUGCCCCCUUUUUGUUUGCAAUGCUAAUUAAGAAGGGGGGGAGGGAAAUAAACUUUUGUUACCUUUUCAGAAGCUAGCAUGUUUUUUUUUUUUAAUCAAUUUAACUUUAAAAAAAUGAAUCGAUCUCUGACUCGUAUCCUCCCCUCCUCCCCAAAGCAUGUUGCAUUUUUACAUUCCCACUUAAAGUUGACAUACAGGCUUUGAAAUGGAGAUUUCUUCCCCCAGUGAAGCAGAGGCCUGCUUAACACAUUAAGAAUCCCAGCUGCUAGGGAAUGAGAGCAAAGAGGUUUGAUCUGUGCAGGGUGGAUUCCUCUCCUCUUCCCACCCCCAUUGAAAAGACAAGAGUGUGGGGGUUGUUCCCUGCAAUAAACUGUUACAGACCUAGAGCUAUUUAGAGGGGGGGGGGGAAUAGAAUAUGAAAUUCCUUUGCGGCAGACGGGAAGGCUGUCCAGUCGUGCAGACAAAAAAGCCUUCUUUAAAUGACUCACAGUUGCAAAGAGUCAACCAGUUCUGUUAAAUGAAAUAGCAUAAAGGAGGGGUUGGUGAACAACUGGAUUCCUAACCAGGCUUCAGUUCCAAUUCCUUUCAAGACAGGCUUCUUAUGAGUAGAGCAGCUGCCAUUCCUGACUCUUACCUCCCCAAUAAAGCCUCAAUUCUGCAAUCCUCUGGCUUCAUGAGACUUCAAUAUGUCUUUAAGGGGCAUUGCAAUAUUAUUUGUGUAAAGUCAGACAGGGACCCAAGAGCAGCCAGUAAGGAUUUAAUUUUCAAAGUCUGGGUAAGCAGAAAAUUCAUCUCAUCAGCUUGGUUAACUCCUAUUCAACAAAACUGAUCAGAAUUUUCUGAAUGAAUGCAAAAAUCCAGUUUUCCCUGGAAUAUAGGAAUGCAUAAUGCAGGAUAAAGGCAGGCAUAAUGUCAACUCAAGAUUGUUCACCCAACUGCUGUGCUUGGCCUUGAUGGAAAUGACAGGUGCGCAUACCAGCAUUUGAGCUCUGCCUGAAUGUCGUUCAGUCCUCUCCUAUGCUUUAGGUGGAUCUUCCACCUUGUUAAGAACUUUUUAAAAGCUUUACAUGAAUAUUGCAAGUGCUAAAUAAAUGUAUUUUAAAAUGCAAAAUAAAGGAUUAUCAUGUCUUGAUAAGUGAGGCAGAAUUGCCACAAUGCCGGGAAAUUCCCAGCCAUGUACUUGCAGCUGCCUUCUGAUUAAAACUAGCAAAACUAUUUUUUCUUCUCAGGGUAUAGCCCUGAUGAUGAAUUAAUGGAUAUGACCAAAUGCUUCCAGAGUAGCCUCAUUACUGUACAAACAUUACAUCUUUCAUCACUGACAGAGAAAAGUAACCUUUCAUUCAUUAUUGAGUAGUGUUGUAACAUAUAUGGGGUUAGGAAGAAUGUCGCAAGGCAUUAUUACUAUAGGACAAUGGUGUCAAACAUCAGGGCCAGAUGUGUCACAUGCUGGCUCUGCCCCGCUCAGUUUAGUGAAGGGGGGGAAAGUCCUGAUAUGUCAUGUGACGCUGCCCUGACGAUGCGAGUUUAACACCCCUGUUGUAGGAGAAUAUGUACCUCCUCCUAAUUAUAGAUGGCGUGUUCAUGGCCAAUGCUCUCCAUCUGCAUUAGACUGCAGGUCCCAUGACCCCUAAUUGGUACAACAUUUAGAUCCUAAAAAACUCUUCUAAAAAAAAAAACCCAAAACAAGAACACCCCUACCUUUGGUGUAUCUGAUUGGCUAUAAAGCAUCCAUUUAGGGAUCCAUAAUGUGGCACUAAAUGGACCCUUGGUUUGGUUUAGUAGGACUGCUUAGAUUCUUACAUAUUGCUAAACUUUCAAAUGUUGCGCCUGUUUUUUGCCCUCCCCAGGCUCCAGAGGCUUUCCUGAAGCCUGGGAAGGGUGAAAAACAGCCCAACAGGCAAUCAGGAAAUUCAUUCCUAAACUUAUGGUUGGGCCAUUGGGCUGUUUUUCACCCUCCCCAGGCUUCAGGAAAGCCUCUGGAGCUUAGAGAUGACGAAAACAGACUCAAUGGGGCAACUGGAAGUUCGUUUCCGAACAAACUAUGCACACGCACAGUUUUGGCACACCUUUAGAAAAAGGUUAGCCAUCAUUGGUGUGUGUGUGUGUGUGUGUGUGUGUGUGUGUGUGUGUAUCCCCUAAUGUACCAGUUAUUAAAUUAUUUGAAUCCCACGACUGCAUGAAGACCAAGCAGGCUUUCUGCUGAAAAAACAAUGUGAGGACUGUCUUAAAUAUUAUUGAAUACUUACAAUAUCAUAAUGAGAAACAGGCUGCUUUAAUAUUUUUAGAUGCAGAGAAGGUCUUUGACAACCUAAAUUGGGUUUUUAUGUUUAAAAUAUUGAAGGAAAUGGACUUUGGAGAGAAUUUUAUCUAAGGAAUUCAAACAUUUUAUCUAAGGAAUUCAAACGUCACAGAAUGCAAAAAUUGUCAUAAAUGGUGAUCUAACUAACUCAUGUGAAAUUCAAAAGGGUACAAGACAAGGAUGCCCCUCGUUCCCUCUAUUGUUUAUUUUGAUAUUGGAAGCUCUCCCCUCCCAAGUUUUUACAAAUAUAUCAAAUCAAUGUAUAAAUAGUGUGGCUCCUGGGUGUCAUACAUUCUAAUACAAAUAAAACUAAUACAGUUAAUCAUAAUUAUUACGUUCAAUCAACUUAUAUAUUUCUAAUGAUGCAUAUUUAUAUUAGGUAGCAAUCUGUCAUUAUUCAAUUAUUCCAUUUUUUUCUUGUUAUUCCUUUUAUUUUAUUAUAUAAAUGAUUUUAUUAUAUAAAAGUGUAUACACUAAUAUUCCCUUUCUCUUAUGUCUAUCACUUAUUUUAGCUUUUAGUCAUGUCACCCUUUAUUAAAAGACUUUUCCUUUUUAUCCCACCUAACUUCUAAUCAUGUCACUCACCUAAAAAAAAA